AGACCUUCUACGCUCUGUCCCUCCACGUUGAUAAUUACAGACAUCCUAUGUCUUGAAACCACAACCAAAGUUCUCACGGUCGCUCCGACCAGCGGAACAGGAGCGUAGUUCCUUCCACAAGGCAGAAUACUCGCAUCCGAUCCUGUCGUCGACUGAACCUCCAGCACUGCUCAUGUACCAGGGGCCGACUAGUGAGAGCCAACGGGGCCCAUUUCCCCAGCUUUUCGAAGGUCGCAUCGCUCAAGGAUAUUCUUGCAUACUGGCGAUUUCCCCUAUUGAAAUCGGCUCCAACGGCACACGGUUUCAUCCUCCAAAUGAGUUUGAGACUCCCGAAUCUCUCUUCACACCAGGAAUCCCAUCCACUGCUAGCAUACCCUCACCCCGCUGGCUUCGCCGUACAGAUAACUGCGAAGGCCUUGUUUAUGCUGACGGUGCUUGUCUGGGGAAUGGCACCGACCAGGCAAGGGCCGGCUAUGCGUUCGUCUUCGGCCCACCCAACCCUCGACAAUCCCCUCUCCAAUCCGGAUCUCGUGCUCGCAACCAUACCGAGACCUCUCGCCCUACGACUACGAAGUUGAGACUCGAGCUCCACGGUCCACAAGGUACGCCCGAGCUGCAAACAAGCAAUCGCGCUGAGCUACGAGCUGUUAUUGCUGUUAUGCAGUUUCGUGCCUGGUGGGGCGAGGGCAUCCAAAGACUUGUAAUUGCGACUGACUCUUCAUACGUGGUUGACUGUGCUACGCAGAGUAUUCAUGCUUGGCAGACUAACGGGUGGAGGACGGCGAAAGGUCCGCCAGUCAAAAACCGAGAUCUUUGGGAAUUGUACCUGGCAGAGCUACAGCGCUGUAGCAACUCCGGAUUACAUGUUCUCUUUUGGAAAAUCCCAAGAGAAUGGAACUCCACAGCCGAUGCAGCAGCAAGGGAAGCUGCCACCCUACCUGAUACAGAAGAAUAUUCGAAGGUCUUGGGCGUUUGCUGUUAG